UCCAGAUAGACGAGAUUACCGCGCACUUCCCGGCUGUGUAAAGGAUCCGAACCAUCCGUGUGGGAAUUUGUUCUUCUGCAUUUUGUGAAAGUGGUGAAAAUGAAGUGAAUAUGGUGGCACUGAGAAAGCGGAGGUUUAUUAAUAAUAAUAAUGCUGAUGAUAAUAAUGUCCACUUUGAUUUACUUGUGAAACUAACAGGACUACCGGGGGGUGAAGCCGCAGUGGUGUCGGCACUUUUCUUGAGGUGACCACGAAAGCCAUGAGGGCCUCAUCCUCACGCUUAUCCAGCUUUUCUUCCAGAGACUCUUUAUGGAGCCGGAUGCCGGACCACAUCUCCGUGUCCGAGUUCCUGUCGGAAACCACGGAGGAUUACAACUCCCCGACCACAUCGAGCUUCACCACCCGCUUACAGAGCUGCAGGAACACCGUCAGCGUGCUGGAGGAGGCGCUGGAUCAGGACCGAACGGCUCUACAGAAGGUGAAGAAGUCAGUCAAAGCAAUCUACAACUCGGGGCAAGAGCACGUGCAGAAUGAGGAGAAUUACGGACAGGCUCUGGACAAGUUCGGCAGUAACUUCAUGAGCCGGGACAGCUCGGACCUGGGGGCCGCCUUCAUCAAGUUCUCCAGUCUGGUGAAAGAGCUAGCAGCUCUGCUCAAAAACCUGCUCCAGAGCCUCAGCCACAAUGUGAUCUUCACCCUGGACUCUCUGCUUAAAGGCGACCUGAAAGGAGUGAAAGGGGAUCUCAAAAAACCCUUCGACAAAGCCUGGAAAGAUUACGAGGCAAAAUUUACAAAGAUUGAGAAGGAGAAGCGAGAGCACGCCAAACAGCACGGGAUGAUUCGCACAGAGAUCACUGGAGCCGAGAUCGCAGAGGAGAUGGAGAAAGAGCGCAGGAUCUUUCAGCUACAGAUGUGUGAAUACCUGAUCAAAGUGAAUGAGAUCAAGACGAAGAAGGGAGUGGACCUCCUUCAGAACCUCAUUAAGUAUUAUCAUGCACAAUGCAACUUUUUCCAGGACGGCCUGAAAACCGCUGACAAGAUGAAGCAAUAUAUUGAGAAGUUAGCUGCUGAUCUCUAUAACAUAAAGCAAACACAGGAUGAGGAGAAGAAGCAGCUAACUGCUCUCAGAGACCUUAUCAAAUCGUCCUUACAGCUGGACCAGAAGGAGGACUCCCAGAGCAAGCAGAGUGGAUACAGUAUGCAUCAACUUCAGGGCAAUAAGGAGUUUGGCAGUGAGAAGAAGGGCUAUCUGAUGAAGAAGAGUGAUGGGCUGAGGAAGGUGUGGCAGAGGAGGAAGUGUUCAGUGAAGGGUGGCAUCCUGACCAUUUCUCAUGCCACAUCCAACAGACAGCCAGUUAGACUUAACCUGCUUACCUGUCAGGUUAAACCAGGUGAGGAUAAGAAGUGCUUCGACCUGAUCUCCCAUAAUCGCACAUAUCAUUUCCAGGCAGAGGAUGAGCAGGAGUUUGUGAUCUGGAUCUCUGUGCUGACUAACAGUAAGGAGGAGGCUCUGAACAUGGCAUUCCGUGGCGAACAGAGUGCCGGGGAUGACAGUCUGGAGGAUCUGACCAAAGCGAUCAUCGAGGAUGUGCUACGCAUGCCUGGCAAUGAGGUGUGCUGCGACUGCGGAGCGCCAGAUCCUAAAUGGUUGUCCACUAACCUGGGCAUUCUGACCUGUAUCGAGUGUUCAGGGAUCCACAGAGAGAUGGGCGUCCAUAUUUCACGCAUACAGUCCAUGGAGCUGGAUAAACUAGGCACAUCGGAACUCUUGCUGGCCAAGAAUAUAGGAAACAGUAGUUUUAAUGAAAUCCUGGAAGGGAAUCUGUCGAGCUCCUCACCAAAGCCUCCGCCAUCCAGUGACAUGACUGAGAGGAAGGAGUACAUCAAUGCCAAGUAUGUAGAGCAUCGGUUUGCGCGGCGCACAGCGAGCACGGCCACGGCAAGGCAAGGUGACCUGUAUGAGGCAGUCAGGACUCGAGACUUGCUGGCGCUCGUGCAGCUCUACGCUGAUGGAGUGGAGCUACUGGAGCCAUUCCCUGAGGCAGGACAGGAUCCUGGCGAGACGGCUUUGCACUUCGCUGUACGGACUUCAGACCAGACCUCGCUGCCCUUGGUCGAUUUCCUCGUUCAGAACAGUGGCUCUCUGGACAGGCAGACGGAGAGCGGGAACACUGCGCUCCAUUACUGCUGUACCUAUGAGAAGCCAGAGUGCGUCAAACUCUUACUCAGGGGCAAGCCACUGAUCGAUAUAGUCAAUCAGAACGGGGAGACAGCCUUGGACAUCGCAAGGAGGUUAAAAAACACACAGUGUGAGGAACCUUUGGUGGAAGCAGCGGCUGGCAAGUUCAACCCUCACGUCCACGUGGAGUACGACUGGAACCUGCGGCUGGAGGAGAUUGACGAGAGCGAUGACGAUCUGGAUGAUAAGCAGCCGAGUCCGGUGAAGAAGGAGCGAUCGCCGCGACCGCAGAGCUUCUGCCACUCGUCCAGCGUGUCGCCUCAGGAGAAGCUCUCACUGCCUGGCUACUUGAGCCACAGGGACAAGCAGCGGCUCUCAUACAGUGCCUUCGCCAACCCCAUCUACGGCGCGUCCACGGAAACCCCUGCAUCGCCUGGCGCAGACACGCCCACUCUUGCAGCCAAGAGCAGUGCCAAAAUUGCUACGGCUCCCUCUACUGGCCCUCCCACCUCUCUCCCACUGGGUUCUCAGCCAUGUACAAGUGGCAGCUCCACUCUGUCUAAAAAGAGGGCUCCUCCACCACCUCCUGGAGGCCAUAAACGCACACUCUCAGACCCACCUAGCCCUGUCCUCCAGGCACCCCAGAGCAAAGGGAGUGAUUUAACACCGCCACCUGCAAACAGGACCUCGCCAGCUAACAAAUUUGAAGGAAUUCAGCAGCAGCAAAGCACUACGUCUAGUAAUACAAAAUCAACACUUGGUCCGCGAGUCUUACCCAAACUACCUCAAAAAGUGGCAUUAAGAAAAACUCCAGGCAUUGUCCCCUCAGUGGACAAACCCAACCAGGGCCCUGAGGUGCUGCAAAAACCUACCCAGGUGGUGGAUAUUCCAACUAGAGAUACCAUCACCAGACCCACAGAGCCUCCACCCAAAAUCCCACAGGCAGCUGAGAGGCCCCAGCCAGCUGAGAUUCCUCCCAAACCACACGUCCUGGAGCUUCCCCCUAAACCCCAGCUUUCGGAUCUUCCCCCAAAACCACAGCUGUCAGAAUUACCCCCCAAACCCCAACUGUCUGAUCUGCCUCCUAAACCCCAACUGAAGGAUCUGCCGCCUAAGCCACAGCUAUCAGAUCUUGCCCCAAAAGUUCCAGCAUCCACAGCUACAGAGACCCCACAGAAACAGCCAACACUAGAAGAGACAGCUCCAAAGGUGCAGGUUACAGAGGCUCAAACUCCAAGCCAACAUGGAGAGCUUUCACCCAGGCAGGCAAGUGAGGAUACCAAUGGUGCGCCAGCAGGUGUCGUAGAGAUGCCAGUCCCUCUGCCACGCAAAAUAAACACGGGGAAGAGCAAAAUCAAGAGGGUGAAGACCAUCUACGAUUGCCAAGCAGACAACGAUGAUGAGCUGACCUUUACUGAAGGAGAAGUGAUCAUCGUUACAGGAGAAGAAGACCAAGAGUGGUGGAUUGGACAUAUAGAAGGUCAGCCGGACAGGAAAGGGGUCUUCCCGAUGUCCUUUGUGCAGAUUUUAUCAGACUGACGUUGUGACUGGCAAGUGUGAGGCUGCUCCUCUAGUACAAGCUUUGCCCCAUUAGCCUCUCACCGGAAUUUGGACUCCGCCUCUCUGUAUAGCUGCUGUAACCCAAACAAAUGUCAAGAAUCCAAAAGGAAAAAAAAAUCAUAUCAAAUCCAGACUCUUGGAAACAUGAAGGAUGGACUGAAUACAGUGUGUGUUAACAAACUGAGUUAUCUUGCCUACCAGUAUUACCGUAGCCAUGGCGGCCCAGCAUGCUAACCUGGGUAUGCAGUAGCUAUCUUCGGAAUUUAGCACUUAACAUUUCUCAGUGUAUGCUGUAACGUUGUGUAUGUGUGCACAUAUGGAAUUAUAUGUAUGUCCAUAUUAAGUGUCUCUGUACAUAUAUAUGCACACAUGUAAGUGUAUAUUUAUGUACUUACGUUAUGUAGGAUGUAAGUGUGCAAAUGUAUGUUAAUCCCUGCUUGCUUCAGGAGCCAAACUGACUCCUAGACAUUUUAUCUCAGUGUUUUCAUUCAUCUCUCGAAUUCCUGGAAGGACUAACGGACAAAACGAGAGAAUUAAAUGAAGGUUUCACUGAAUAUACAAGUGUUGUCCUCAAGUAUAGUGGCACGAUAAACAGGGAUGAAAACUUUGAAUAGUUCGAAGCCUCUAAGCAUCUCAUCUUCUAUGCAUAUAAGGUUAAUCGAUCUAGGCUGGAUUGCUUGCUUGUCAAUAUAUGUCAUACUGAAAAGGAAAACAACAAACUGUAAUCACAUUUGUCUUCUAUCUACGUAUACAUUACCUUGUUAAAGACUCCUACUCUGGAGGUUGUUUACUCUUUAGUGCAGUCCAUGCCACUUGGCGACUGUCCAUGCAUCUCCUCGCUGGUAUUUAAUGCCAGAUCAGAUAUCGCAAAGCCCCUGGAACACAUCCUUGACCAUAGGAUCAUGAUUUAAAGCAGAUGGAUCUAAUUAAAGCAAUCCCCCAGGUCCUACCAUUCCCUUACAGUACAGAACGCACAUUGACCAGCAUUGGUAUUACAGGUUCAGGAUGCUCUACAUAGAAGUAGCUCUGUAACUGUGGAGUUUUGUUAGUAGGUUAUUUGUAUGUUUGGUUUUAUUUGAAUAUGAAUUCAGGGGUACAGAGCAACGAGUGACGGGCAGUAACACGGCUCCGAAUGAACUUACUGCUGCCUCUGACUUUUCCUCAACCAGGGAGACUUGAGCUUUUUUAGCUUUUUUUUGUGUGUUAACAGAAGGUCAUGUAUUAGCUAAUGCCUCCUAAUUUGUUUAUAGUAUUAGCCAUUUAUAGGGCUGCAGUGUGUCAGUAUGAAAAGGAAUCGAAUCCCUUUGAGUGAAGAGAAAAUAAAUGAAUAUUCAUUUAUUUUAGGAUGCAUUACAAACACUUUUGCUGUAACUGGGGUAAACCACGAUGCGAGAUUUCAGCACAAGCAAAAACAGCAGCGCUCCAUGAAGUAUCAAACCGAUGUGAAGCCUGUCGAACAGAGUUCCUGAUACACCAUUCCUGUAUUGUGUACAUUUAAACUCUCAGUGAGCCUGUUGUUGGACCAAAUGUGUGAAAUUCAUGUUUAGAUAGAACACAGUUCAUCUAGAGGUGCCAUCUUGGCUAGUCAGGAACUGGUAAUAGACUCUUGUCUGCUAAUAUUUGGAAGCAGUCAAAUGGCUAAUUUUACGAAGAACUGGAUCUGAUCCUUAUGUAAAAAAAAAAAAAAAUUAUAUAUAUAUAUUUAGGAUAGAUUUUACCACUCAUUUCUCAUUUGUUUGCGUCUGUGUUUUGCUGCACUGUACGUUUAGUCCCAAGACACUCUGAUAUCAAGUUUCAUUUAGAAAUAAAUAUUUUACGUUGAAACUA